AUACAUAUUUCUGUGUAGAGUCAGUGGUGAUUUUGCCCCCCAGGAGACAUUUGGCAUUGUCAGUGACAUUUUCGGUUGUCACAAUCAGAAAAGCGGGGGAGAGGUUAUUGGCAUCUAGUGGGUAGAGGCCAGGGGUGUUGCUAACCGUCCUGCAAUGUACAGGACGGUUUCCUACAGCAAAGAAUUGUCUGGCACAAAAUGUUAAUAGUGUUGAGGUUGAGAAACUACCUAGCAUAAUAUCUGUUACUCAGUAUUCUGAUUACUUUCUUCUCCACUAGACAAAGGAUCUUAAUUUGUUUUUGCAUCCCUAACUAUUGAUACGGGACCUGUUACGUAGAAGCUCAGUAAAUAUUGGAAGAAAGAGAGGAGUAAAGGAGGUUGGUUGUUAAAAACUCUGCAGGCCAUAAUGACUUCAACAAGUAAAGCAAUUGAAUUACAACUGCAAGUGAAACAAAAUGCAGAAGAACUACAAGACUUCAUGAGGGAUUUAGAAAACUGGGAAAAAGACAUUAAACAAAAGGAUAUGGAGCUAAGAAAACAGAAUGGUGUUCUUGAAGAGAAUUUACCUCCUAUUCGAAAUGGGAAUUUUAGGAAAAAGAAGAAAGGCAAAGCUAAAGAGUCUUCUAAAAAAACCAAAGAGGAAAACACCAAAAACAGAAUAAAAUCGUACGAUUAUGAGGCAUGGGCGAAACUUGAUGUGGACAGUAUCCUUGACGAGCUUGACAAAGAAGAUAGUACCCAUGAUUCUGUGUCUCAAGAAUCAGAGUCAGAAGAAGAUGGGAUUCAUGUAGAUUCACAGAAGGCUCUUGCUCUAAAAGAGAAGGGUAAUAGGUACUUCAAACAAGGGAAAUAUGAUGAAGCAGUUGAUUGCUACACCAAAGGCAUGGAUGCUGACCCAUAUAAUCCUGUGUUACCAACAAAUAGAGCUUCAGCAUACUUCCGAAUGAGAAAAUUUGCUGUUGCUGAGUCCGAUUGUAAUUUAGCAAUUGCCUUGAAUAGAAGUUAUACAAAGGCUUAUGCCAGACGAGGGGCUGCUCGAUUUGCUUUGCAAAAAUUAGAGGAUGCCAAAAAAGAUUAUGAAAAAGUAUUAGAAUUGGAACCAAAUAACUUUGAAGCAACAAAUGAACUCAGGAAAAUUAAUCAGGCUUUAACAUCCAUAGAAAACUCAUAUCCAAAGGAAGCUGACACAAUAAUUAAGUCAACUGAAGGAGAGGAAAAACAAAUUGAAGAACAACAGCAUAAGCAGCAGGCCAUUUCAGAGAAAGAUCUGGGGAAUGGAUUUUUCAAAGAGGGGAAAUAUGAAAGAGCAAUUGAAUGCUAUACUCGAGGGAUAGCAGCAGAUGGCACUAAUGCCCUUCUUCCAGCUAACAGAGCCAUGGCCUAUUUGAAGAUUCAGAAAUAUGAAGAAGCUGAAAAAGACUGCACACAAGCUAUUUUAUUAGAUGGCUCAUAUUCUAAAGCUUUUGCCAGAAGAGGAACUGCAAGAACGUUUUUGGGAAAGUUAAGUGAAGCCAAACAAGAUUUUGAAACUGUUUUACUUCUGGAACCUGGAAAUAAGCAAGCAAUAACUGAACUUUCCAAAAUUAAAAAGGAGUUAAUUGAGAAAGGACACUGGGAUGAAGUCUUUCUUGAUUCUACACAACGGCAAAAUGUGAUAAAACCCAUUGAAAAUCCCCCUCAUCUUGGAUCAACUAAGCCACUGAAGAAGGUUAUUAUUGAAGAAACCGGUAACCUGAUACAGACAAUUGAUGUGCCAGAUAUCACUACUGCUGCUGCUCCAGAGAGGAAUCCCGCUAAUUCAGCAGAUGGGAUAGCAACCACAGGCACUGCAAGUAAGAAGAAUUCAACCCAAGAUGACCUUUUGCCUACAAGUGAUAUUCCAAGAGCAAAAGUCUUGAAAAUAGAAGAAAUCAGUAAUACUUCAGCCCUGCCACCUCAAGGCAGUUUGAAACAAGAUGUGUCUCAGUCUUUCAGUGAGAAGAUUUCCACAGAGGUAGAAAAAACACCCGCUCAGUUAAUUACAAUUGUUCUUCCUUCAGUGCCUGGAAACUCAUUCCAGCUCGAAUCUGAUUUCAGACAACUGAAAAGUUCUCCAGAUAUGCUGUAUCAGUAUUUAAAGCAAAUUGAACCAUCCGUGUAUCCUAAGUUGUUUCAGAAAAAUCUAGAUCCAGAUGUAUUCAAUCAAAUCAUUAAAAUUCUGCAUGACUUUUAUAUUGAGAAAGAGAACCCAUCACUCAUCUUUGAAAUCUUACAGAGACUUUCUGAACUGAAAAGGUUUGAUAUGGCAGUGAUGUUUAUGUCAGAACCUGAAAGAAAAAUUGUACACGUAUUGUUCAAUCACAUAGACAAAUCAGGAUUGAAGGACAAGUCUGUCGAAGAGCUCAAGAAAAGAUAUGGUGGUUGAUUUCCAUUUUUACUGAAAUUAUUGUCUUUGACUUUCAUUUGUAAAUUGUUUUUUCUACUGAAAAUAAAGUGUUUUGUUUUGCUUUUAAAAAAUGAAAUAUAGAAAAGGACUAUCUUUGGACAUAAGUAUAAUGUGAAUUGUGAUUUCACUGGUGAGAAACGUACUCAAGUGAACUAUUUAUAAAUCUUUUUGUGAAAAUAAAAUAUAUAAUGUUUA